GCUAUAGCCUCAUUUCGGUUGCACUUCGAUAUACCAUAAGUAAACCAUGCAAGGCCAUCGAUCGGAUUGAUCAGUGUCAGAUACAUGCUCACAGUGACAUUGAUUAGACAUGGAGAGUCCACGCACAAUGCGCUAGCUCUGUGGUCAGGCUGCACGGAAUGUCCUCUCACAGAAAGAGAACAGCAAGCACGCGUCAUCUACGCGUCCCCUUUACCCCGUGCGCGGGACACAGCCCAAGCGGUGCUAGAUGCGCAGCCCACACCCAAGCCUCCUCAUGAUUUCACGAUCGCCCAGAUCAGAGAACAAAGCUUUGGAGCCGCAGAAGGGCAUCAGGCGUGCAUACGAGAGCCAGGCAAGACGCUCGAGGCUCACUUCGCGGGGGACAAGUACCCGAUUUUAUAUGAAAGUGAGAAACACGUGGCGUUUCCUGGUGGGGAGUCGGUGGAGGAUCUGACGAGGAGGGCUGAGAGGGCAGUGAGGGAGGUUGUGCUUCCUCAUGUGGUGAAUGUUGCGAGGUCUGGGAGGGACGAGCAUAUCGCACUUGUGAGUCAUGGGUUGUGUAUCUUGCAAGUAGUGAGCGCAAUUGUGAGAUUGGGCGGGGGAACAUGGAAGCGAAAACUUGAAGGACCCAUAGUUAAUACGGCUUGGGUGAGGGUAGAGGUGCGGAUUCAGGGUGGGAUGUGCGUGGAAGUCGCAGACGACGAGGUUCCUCCGGUAGAAGUGACAGUGAUGGAAGAGGACAGAGCGGAUCACCUUGAAGGCCUUCUCGACAGAGGCCCACUUCUUGGCAUAAAAGCUAUUAUGGGUGGAGGAGUACUCGUGGUGGAUGCAAAGAGCCCAGAUGAGGCGGAGGCUAUCGCGCAGACGUCCGCGGUAUAGAGCUUUAAUUAUACAUCAAUGCAUCACGGAUGUUAUGUAGAGUCCUAGAGUUGUCAGUUGAUCAUGGCUGGAAUA